AUUCAAACAAAGGAAGGAGAGCCCAUUGAGGUGGGAGACAUGGUCGGAACACGCUUCCGAGGAGGGAAGCGCGAGGGCAAGGUCGAAGCCGUGGUACAGAAUGAUCAGGAAGCCCAAAAUGCGGACCUUGGAACGACUGUGAAGAACCCACCCAAGGUAGAAGUGGAUGCGUUCUCCCAUGGACACAAGGUCGCACACAACCCGGGGACGCUAUCGCACGGCGAAGAUUCCGGGUGA